AUGGAUGAGUCCAUGGAGCCCGGCACAUCGCGCUCUGACCCCAACAUUGAUUCACCAGGUAUGGAAGUGUUUUCAGAAAAUGUAAGAUUUCUCUUUUUGUGCCCAGUUUAUAGAUUAAUCGCCAUGUGGUGUUGUGUGAGACAUCCUAGCGGACGUUGGAAAGAAGAAAUCGGGAAAUUCUAUAGUCGAAAAAGGGCACUUGUCGGUUCAUUAUUGCAUCAUUUUGCAUGGACCGAUGGAGAAACGCAAGAAAAGCUGAACCAGAAGAAGAGAAUCAACAUAAAGCUAGCUGAGGACUUCAGGAAGGUUCAGUUGAAUGUAAUGGAUGAGUCCAUGGAGCCCAGCACAUCGCGCUCCGACCCCGACAUUGAUUUACCAGCUAUGUAAGUGUCUUCAGAAAAUGUAAGAUUUCUCUUUUUGUGCCCAGUUUAUAG